AUGGCUUCCAAAGGAGUCUCCCUCCUGAAGUUCGUGGGAACUGUUUCCCUCGGUCUUCUGACUGGCCUCUCCUACUCCCUCACGACCGUCACCGUCCCCUCGAUCCUCUCCCUCCCCUCCGCAUCCGAUGCCCUCCGCGCCUUCAAGAACCUUUACCCCGGCGCGACCGCUCGCCUGCGCAUCCUGACUGGCGUCUCCGCCACCUCUUUCCUCCUCGCCUUCUUCCUCUCCCCGCGCGCCUUCCGCCACCCGUACCUCGUCUACUCCUCCGUCCUCUGCCUGACCUCUGGCCUCGCUGAGCAAAUCACACCCUAUAUCCUCAAGAGCUCAGGCUCGUCCAAGGAGUCCAUUGCCGCCCGCCGGCAGGCCAGCCGCGAGCGCGAGGAGGCCCGCAAGGCCGCCCGUCUCGCCCGUCAGGAGGCUCGUAUGGAGGCUAGCUACGAGGUCCUCGGCGAUGCACACAGCGACGGCGCCGGCAGCGCGAGCGGCGACGACGCGGCAGCUGCGGCAGCAGCUGAGGAGGAGGAGGAGGCUCUGAACGGCGAGGAGGUCCGCAGCGAGGUCGAGGGCUUCCGGAAGACGCAGCUUGUGCAGUCUGCCGUUGCCUCGUUCGGCUUCCUGUUGUCCGUCAUUGGCAUCUGGGGCGAUGGUGCCAUCCAGGUUUUCCAGAGAGAAACUGUCAUUGUUGGCGUAUAA